AUGAGUUUUGCAGCAGGCAACCGAUCCCAGAUCCACUCCAAAGGGCGUCCCCCAGCACAAACCACGACCGUACGGGCUCGUAAGCAUUCCUCCGUAUGGCACCGCAUGGUAUUGUAUUGUACACAGCACACACUAUCGUCUCUUCACCACUCCGUGUUGCUGUUUCUUUUAUUGGUUGCACCGUGAUGCGCGCUGCUCCAAUGAGAAAAAGCCGAAACCCGACAGAGCCGUUGGUGUUGUUGUGUUGUGUUGUGUUGCGUUGCGUUGCGUUGCCCCCUAGCUGCUCCGCUGUUAGGCUGGCUGCUUGCCUAUGACGUACGUACGUGCUUGUUGAUGGAAGGAUUCUAGGAUACUGCGUUGUUGGAAUGCGAACUCCGUUCUGCGCUUGUUUGCGCUUGUUCACUUCGUGUCGACCCCGUUGCUCCCUUUGUCUCGCCUUGUAUCCUGCCCGAUCCUUUGCUACACCUUCUCCUCACAAUAUUCUCUUUGAGUUACUUUCAAAACACAAACAACAAACACUACCAAAAUGUUCGCCCGCAACGCCAUCGUCCUCGCCGCUGUCCUCGCCUCCACCGAGGCCUUUGCCCCCGUCUCCCGGGUCAACACCGCCUCCACCACCGCCCUCGAGGCCGCCACCAUCUGGUACUCCACCUCCACCGGAAACACCGAGACCGUCGCCCAGUACAUUGCCGACGCCGCCGGAGGCCUCGACAUCAACGACAUUGGUGACGCCUCGGACGACGAGAUUACCGGAUCCGACGGACUCAUCAUCGGUGCCCCCACCUGGCACACCGGAGCCGACGAGCAGCGCUCGGGAACCUCCUGGGACGACUGGCUCUACGACACCCUCCCUUCCCUCGACCUCGACGGAAAGAAGGUUGCCAUUUUCGGAGUCGGUGACCAGCAAUCCUACGGAGACAACUACUGCGACGCCGCCGGAGAGCUCUACGACCUCUUCACCGCCAAGGGCGCCAAGGUCUUUGGAUUCACCAGCCAGGACGGAUACGACCACGUCGAGUCCAAGGCCGUCUACGACGGAAAGUUCUGCGGACUCAUGUGCGACGAGGACAACCAGUACGACCUCUCCGAGGACCGCUCCAAGGCCUGGGUUGCCCAGCUCAAGGACGAGGGAUUCUUCUAAACGAAACGAAGAUGGUAGUACAAAAAGUUUUGUGACGAACCAACUCUCCGCUGCCUUCGUGUGCAACGGGAAGGAAGGCCGCUAGAAUUAAAAUAAAGUAACUUUCAAUAC